UGUUCGUUGUUUUGCGAUUUUGUGACUUUUGUCAUAUAUUACUUGUUAACUUGUAUUUAUACAUAUAUUACUUUUGUGCUGUUAAUGUUAUACGGUGUGCUCACAAACAGGUGUAUCUCUCCUUUUUGCUUUUGGCCCUUAUGAUUAAACUAAUAUGGCGCAAGUAUCGAAGAAGAGAAAGAUUGGCGAAAUCACACCUGCAUCACACCGGGCAGAGACCGAAGCUUCCGAGAUGGAAAAGAGCCCCAUGUAUGCCAGGGAUCUGGAUCAGGAAUACGCCAACGGCACUAUGACAAUUUCGCCGAAUUUUGGUUUUUUGGUUAAUAGUGGUGUCACAGCUGGAAUUGUUGAUCUUCCAGUUGAACUUCUGGUUCGAAUUUUUAAAUUCCUCCCUGUUGAUCAUCAGGCACUUGCCCGAUGUGUGUGCCAGCGAUGGAAGGCUGUCUUGAGUAUUUCGGAUUUUUUUCGGGAUGUUACCAUAUGUAACGCAGCAACUCGAGGACACCGCUGUACACAUCACUACGUCAAAAUCGCGACCAAUGCGGAAACGAAGCGGUUAACUCUGUCCUGCACGACGAAAGCCGCCUUGCAUGAAUUGGUGAGCCCGAGCACCAUGAAGUCGUUCUGGAGAUGCCCAUUGCUGGAAGAAAUUACGUUUAUUAAUGGGAAAAUAUCACAGGAAGCACUGAGCUAUUUACCUUCGAGUGUGAAAGUGGUGCAGUUGCAGGAUUGUGCUAUUACCAGUGGCAGCGCUAAGAAACUUACGAGGAUGAUCAGAGGCAAAGUCGUCAUUCGAACGACUAGUGACUUGUUAAAACUAAAACGUGGAAGUUUUUCUGCCAUAGCCGCCGAUGGAGCAGCACAUCACCACUAACAAUAAGAGUCUUGUGAGUUAUCCCGGGUGGGACUAUUGGUGGAUCUGCGGAUGAUUGCAUGCCUUUUCUGAAACCGGUAUAGAUUAACCAACUGUGACUUUGACUUGUACCGGUGAUAGAAUUUAGUACAAAUUAGUUAUUUUUCUAGAAUUAGUGUAUAUCCCCGUUUACGUUUUAUUUUUUUAUUUAUUUUAUCGAAGUUUUAAAGCAAUCUUGUGCGAAAUCCGUUUUAUUGUUAUGGUAAGCAGUCUUUAGUCCCGCGUUUGACCUAUGAUCUUUGUUUGUUUACAAAUUUUAACGUUCCUGCAAGUUUCAGUGGUCGAGGCAUGCUUUGAUUUGUUCCAUGUUGUAUGUUUUUAUGAUCUUUGUUCUGGGAUGUUGUAAAUUUUGAAUUCUUAACGAAUAAAACCAA